AUGGCCCCUUAUCAGUUUGUGUAUAGUAAAGCCUAUCACUUGCCAGUGGAGCUGGAGCAUAAAGCUUACUCGGCAAUCAAGUUUCUGAACUUUGAUGCUCAAGCUGCAGGAAUAAAGAGAAUGCUUCAGUUGAAUGAGCUUAAUGAAUUCAGAUAUUCAGCCUAUGAGAAUGCCAAGCUCUAUAAGAAGAGAACUAAGCUAUGGCAUGACAAAAAUAUUGCCAUCAGAGUCUUUGAGCCAGGUCAGAAGGUGCUUCUGUUCAAUUCAAGGCUCAAACUCUUUCUCGGGAAGCUAAAAUCCUGGUGGUCAGGACCGUUUGUGGUUAUCAGAGCAUAA